AUGUCGACAAUGACGACUAGCACCCUAUUGCACGACAGACUGGACAGUCUUUACGAGGUCUGGCAGAGUCUCUCUCCCGGAUCUUCCUCCGAAGAUUUCAAAGCUUUUGCAGACUUCUUUAGUCAAGACUGCACGGCCUGGCUCUUGAGCAUGCGCGAGCACGAGACUCCGAGUAUCGGUCGCUCCGGAGUCAUUGAAGGAAUCCAAACCGCCAUUCAAGAUUCCCAAAUCAAAGCACGACGGGUUCUCAAGCGUUUCACAGAUGUCACAGGCUCGACGAUAUCAUGUGAAAUGCAAAACAGUCUCACGGUACACGGGAAACCACUUGAUCCCUUGUACGAGACGGCCGUGGUCGCAUUCAAUGACCAAGGUUUCAUCACGGAUUUCAAACUGUACAGUUGUCGAAGUGCAAUAGUAGCCAUCAUUCAAGAUGUGACAGGCGUGGGGCCAUAUGAAAGGCAUAACGAAUGCCAUAAAUUAUAA